AACUCGGUCCGUAUUUCUCGUACAGUCUCUCGCAAGGUGUGGUUCUCGACGCUGUCAACGGAAGUAUGCCGCUGCGGGAUCAACAAGUGCCGCGCGAGAACCACGUUCGGCGAACGAUCGAGCCCAGCUCGUCGCUAGUCCUCGCCUAGACUCCUCUUGGUUGCGCGCAAUUCAAAAACGGCGAAAACAGGUGCGCGUUUUUCGGAGCGUCUCUCUCUCUCUUUCUCUCUCGACCGCGAGGCGUACAGGACAGGUUCGGAGUCCGCUCUUGAGCGGAAGGACGCGUCCGCGGUAGCGUCGGAGGACUACGAUCGAGGGAGACACCGAUCGAUGGACGCCGUCUUGACGUGGACCGUGAAUUAGUGCGCGUGUGUUAUCGUACCGCCCGGCGCGGCGGCACACGUGAGCCCCCUACGAAUUUGUUUGGCGCGCGUGUUACAUCGUGGUGAACGUUGUCCGGUGGAGGAUCUGCAUCCCGCGACGGAGAUGAGGACCGAGAUGCCUAAGACGUUGCUGUUUCUGGUCAUCGGCUUGCUUGUAAAGGUUCUGGGAUUACCCAAUGGGGCACCGUCGCAAGCGUGCUUCGAUCUGACGCCACGUCAUGCCGGCAGCUCCGGGAUACAAUCGUCGUAUCCACCUUAUCAGGUACUACCCGCAGCAGGUCAAGGCAGGGUCCGUCUGAUUCUGGGAAGUCCCGAAGGUCUCGCAUACGAGGGUUUCAUGAUCGUUGCUAGGGACAUCGACACCGGCGAAUACGUGGGAGAAUUCGUAAACUUGCCCGAUUCCGCGAAAAUCGUGGAAUGCGCCAGAGGUGUAAAGAAUUCCGUGACUCAUACGAACACGAACAAGAAGCACAAUCUUGAAUUCGAUUGGGAGGCUCCAGUCGAUUACGAAGGUACCAUUAUCUUCAACUCUACCUUCGCUCAGGAUUACAGCACGUACUGGGUUGGCGUGGAAUCUCCCAGAGUCUUUGUUGACAAGCGGUCCAUCGGGGUAUCGACCCUACCUACACCCAUUACUACCUUCAGGACCACCACGCCACCCUACUACAGCCGCACCGUCAGUUAUGCGGCGAAGGAUGAGGUAGACCCGUUCUACACGGGCUGCCACACCACGAAGAACUGCUUCGGCACGCCCGCAGGCUGCAUAAAAACCAAGAACUGCGACGCCGUGGUGGCCGUGAUCGUGCAGGGCGACGAAUAUCAUUUCGAGAUGCAGGCGCGGAAGGGUGCCAAAUACGUCGCCGUCGGUCUGUCGGACGAUAAGAAUAUGGGUGAAGACAGCGUAGUCGAGUGCACGAAUGAGGGUAACGAAAUUAUGUUACACACGUCUUGGAAUUCCGGCAGGCGCAAUACACGCUACACGAUGCCGGAAGGCAUGGUCGAACUGGAGGGCCGCGCGAUCAAAGACGACAUGAUAUACUGUAAGUUUCGACGGGAUAAGCUCACCUACGUUCAGGGACGUACGUACGACCUUGUCAACAAUCCGUACCAUCUCCUCUUGGCCGCCGGCUCGGACUUAAAAUCAAAUGGCGUUGACUUUCACAAUCUCGCCUAUGUCGGGACCAGCACCUCAAAGAGAUUGUCUGACGUCGGGGAAUGGACCGCAGCCAGUGACCUACUGAUUCGCCUUCAUGGCGCGCUUAUGCUGGCAUCGUGGAUCGGCACAGCCUCCAUCGGGAUGUUACUCGCGAGAUAUUAUAGACAGACCUGGGUCAGCUCACAGUUAUGUGGAAAGGAUCAUUGGUUCGCUUGGCACAGAUUCUUUAUGGUGCUCACGUGGUCGAUGACGCUGGCAGCCUUCGUGAUAAUAUUCGUAGAAUUGGGCACGUGGAGUUCCGAGACGAUACACGCUUCCGUCGGCCUGGCUACCACGAUUUUGUGCUUUAUCCAGCCUUUCAUGGCAGCUAUGAGACCACAUCCUGGCGCACCACGAAGAGCUCUUUUCAAUUGGGCUCACUGGUUCGUCGGUAACGUGGCAAAAAUAUGCGCUUUAAUCGCGCUUUUCUUCGCGGUACGACUGAACAAGGCAAAACUUCCGGAUUGGGUCGACUGGAUCCUCACAGCAUAUGUGGUCUUCCAUGUUCUAACUCAUCUCAUUCUCACAUUCCUUGGAUGUGCCUCUGACAGACAAGCUAGUCAGAGAGUGAAUUCAUUCCCAAUGAAAGACAUGCAUUCUCGUGGAUCAAUGGUGCAUCCAGAUGCGAGACGAGACGCUCCCCACUCCGGUAUGCGGAAGUUCAUUUUCGGUGUGUACUUUGUGGUUAUCGUCGUGUUCGCCGCAGUCCUCAUAGUGAUCACCGUGUUGGCACCCAUCGAGGAUACAUGGGCCACCUUCACCAACACUAUCUCGAAUUACUAAGACCGCUAAUCAACGCCAUGGAAAUAUUCGUCACCACCGCGAUACUCGCGCGGAUCCGACCGGAUGGGGAGACGUCGCAGUGACGAUAUAUUCCCAGCGCGACUUUCUGUAUGCAAAUUAACGCGAGGGAAACGCAUAAAUCCUGCUCGUGUAAAGAUGCAAAUCGCGCCACGUGUGCAAUGCGCAAAGGCAAGGAUAUCGCUGACGUGAUCGUUUUUAUACCAUUUUUCUAGAUUCUCUAGAAGAUUCACUCAUUUUGAUUACGUAUGUCGAUACGUCAUAAUGGAGAAAUACGGUUCUGUAUAUAUAACAUUCGUAAUUUACUUGGAUAACAUUAACAUUUACAUUAUACUCAUUCUUGCUUCAUCAUUAUUAUAAGAAUAUUCUGCGAUUAUAUAAAGUUUUUAUUAUUAUACUGUUGAUAUAUAUUUUUCUGAUAAAUCUGUUUUUCUAACAUAGUUUAGAAAACUGCCAUUAGUCUAAAUUGAAGCGAAAAUUGUGUUUUUCAAGAUUUUAUUACACAAAGAUAUUUUUAAACGUCAAUUGUCUGGUAUCAUAUCUUUCUAUGAACAAUGCUAAUGCCUUCAGCAAUAAACCUAAUUGAUACUACUAUUCAUAAAUGCGUAACUAAUAUUAUAAUAUAAUACUUUUACGAUGAACAUAUCAAAACUUUUAAAAAUGUUUGUAUAGUAAUUGCUACGAUAUUGACAUUCGCGAUUUUUAAACAUGCUCAGAAAAACUUAAAUUAUUUGCGUCGUUUCGUAUUUUGCAUUUACAAGACAUGUGAAUAUUCUCUUUUGCAUGUAGUACAAUGAUGUAAUCUUCAUUAACUUGCGAUUACACACGAUGAUAACAUUAUGAAUUGAAAGAUAUAAAUUUGUUUCACAACAUUGCACAUUCAUAAACUCGUCAGUUUACGAAAAUAGUUAACAAUAUGUAUUAAGAAAAAAUAAAUUACUUUUGAACUGUUUUUGAAAAUUCAGAAAAAUAUAGUAAAUUUAUAUUUAUAUUUAGCGUACUAUUAAAUUAAUAUUACCCGUUAAAGAGUAAAAAUGAUAACGAUUUUUCUGUGCGAUUAUUGUUCAUCAAAAUCUAGCAGCGCAAUCUUUUUUUUUGUUUGUUUUAAAUAGCGUUGAUUGUUCCGAGAAAGUAUUUUGAUGUUAUUCUAAUCUUAAUGCAAAUUUAAUUUUUGUUUUCUUUUCAACUGAAAAAUUUGAGGAAUAUCGUUGGGAACGUCGAGUUCUUGUAAACACGAGAUUCAUACUAGAUAAAGCUAUGAAGUUUCGACAAUUUCAUAUGCGUGAAUGCGGUAUUUUUCUACUCUCUUAUACAAUACUUAUUUAUAAUGUAAUUUACAGUAUUAGUUUUUUUCAAGUGCUUUGGAACUUUGCAAACUUUUAUACUUAUUGCGUCACGUCGCCUGUGUGACCGAUUGCGAUCGGCAUUGCCAAUAGUACAUAACAUUGUUAGCCUUAUUGAUUGUUAAUAAAUAUAUACAUAUACAUACGUAUAUAGACUUUGGAUUUAAUGGCCAUAAGAUGGAUUACGGUCAAGUUUAUCAUGUUACCGAAGUAAAUUGAUAGCCUUAGCAACCUACAGAGUGUUCAUGAAAAGCGUGUAACAUAAUGGAGUUGCAAAGUGUGCAAAAUUUGUUUUUAUAAUUACUGAAAAAAGUUUGCGACUUUUCGUAGUUUAUUAGUGCAGCUUAUUAAUACAGCUAAAAUUAUUUUUAGACAUACUAAUUGUAUACGUUAAACCUUUUCUAACAUAUAACAAUUUUUUGUAUCGUAAUAAAAUACAAAUGUAGUGUAUUUCUUAAUACAUAUGUAUAUGUAUCGAAUAAUACAUUAUAUUGUUAUCAAGAUCGAGUUAUGGUAAUACAUACUCGCGGAAUAAAAUAAAAAUAACAUCUACGUUAAAGAAAUAAACGUGAAAUCAAUAACACGCAACAAACGAGCUCGCAAUACAUUUGCGUAUGAUAAGGCUCGAGACGGAUUCCUUCUUCCCGUGUUGUUUAUACGUUACCUCAGAAAUAUUUAUUUGCUACUUUAAGGAUGAUUGACUAGUGAAACUAUGAGUUUUCUCGUUAUUGAGUUUUAGCGUUGAUACAACGAUAUGGUACAUUGCGAAUAUCAUAAAAGUCCACCUUUCACACUGUAUCAGAAUGCAACUGCAAUGCAAUCUUGCAAAUUGUAGAAUUUUUUGUAGAAUUGCAGAAUUUUAACAGGAUGGCAGUACUAUUGAAAUAAUGUUCAUAAACUUGUAUAAAAAUAAAAUAAUUAAAAAAUAUAAUAUAAUAUUGGACCAUGCGCGCUAAGAGCGGCAAAGUAAGGAAAUAUCGUAAAUACAGAUGUUCCAACGUAAACCUACAGUAAUGUUGUAGCAGAAUUGCGCAAUGUACUUGCAAUCUGGCAAGAAUAUUUCUGUGCCAAAUAGAACGAGAUGAAGAUACAUCGGUAAUUUAAUAUUUUAACUACUGAAUAAAAUAUUGUUAUCUCAA